ACACCAAGCCUGUUGUUUUGUGUCAGUCAGUCUGUUAGAUUACCGAUCCACUCACCAGACGUUCCGGUUUACUUGAUUGGCCAACUUUCGACACCGGUUGUUUGCGGUAGAUACCCGUAUAAAGAUGUCUGCUGCCAAGGGAUUCUUCGACCAGUACAGCGUUUUGUGCGUCUUUGGCUCGGUCGUCGGCUGCGUCAUUGUGCCUCUCAUCACACAGUCAUUCGAGAGUCUCAUCUUUUCUGCUGUUGUAAUAACGCUGACUGCUAAUCGGCUGAGCCGACGCGUUUUGGUCAACGAGCAGCAUGUGAAGAGCCACGUGAAAGACGUUGAACGAAUGGCUAAACGGAGUGCGGAAACAAUUCACGGCACGAAGAAGAAAAGGAAAGGGACUGUAGUGACUCAACAGGUUCCAGUGUCGCUCGAUGCGGAAGAAGUACGAAAACGUAGAGAAGAGGAGAUACGAAAUACGGAAGAAGAGAGAAAGCGUGAACUGGAAAAACGCGAAGAGGAGAAGAAAGAGAAAAAGGCGCGCAAAAAACAAGAACGAAACAGAAGAAAGGAACAGGAGAAGUUGUUGAAAGAAAAAGAAGAAGAGGAGCGGCAACGUCGUUCGUUUGAGCGGGCUCAGCGCCGAUUGGCUAACACAACAGCUACAGCUGAAUUAGAACUGUUUUACAAACCGGAUGGGUUGUUCGCUACCACUGUAAAAAGAGCAUCAUCGACGUCGUCCAUUGCAUCAAACUGUUCGAAUAUUUCCUCACAUUCAUCGCCGCAUUCGCCUACAAAUUGUACAGCAAGAUCUCGACCAUCCGGGAACUCAUCACUAAAAUCACCCACAGCAACGUCAUGGUUCGCUGCAAAACCCGCCAUCAGACCUUACAGUGUAAGCUAUGAUGAUAGCGGACGUACAAUCACUGCAUGUGCAAAACCAAAUAAAAGACCAUUCGAGCGAGGGUCCAGUGCACCGAAUGUGAUCAGCAACUCGACCUGCUGGCAGUACGGAAAUUCAAACGAAGCUUUUAUUAAUAUCAACCAACAGAUUCCAAGACACGAAGCCUUGCCAGAGAAUGUUUGUCUGCAGCAGUCUACAGAAGAUAUAACGCACAUGGCCGUUAUGUCCGUGGCAUCAUCAUUAUCCCAUCCGGUUCCCCUAAGGCAUAUGAAUUCACUAAGCUAUCACACUGGAGGACUAGGCAAUGCUCAUGAUGCCAACUGUCGUUUGUAUUCUUUCAUCGGUGAGGGCAAUGUUGCGCCUCCAGCAUUUGGGCCUUUGGUUCAGCCAUGUGGUGGUCACGGUAACCACGUUCCUCAGCAGAUCGUGUAGAGAGCUUUGAGCUUUCUAUUAUUUGACUUUGUGCUCUUGUCAGUAUUACAUUUCUUUUUGCUUUUAAUGAAACAAUGGACAACUGUUCUGUGGUGCAGCA